AUGGCAUCCAUCUUCACGUAUAGCGCUGUGCAAAAUGGCAAGACUGUUGUUUUGCAAAAGUACUCUGGCUAUACGACGCUCAUCGUGAACGUGGCAUCGCGAUGCAGCCUUGCAUCCGCCAACAUCGAGAUGCUGAACAAGGUGCAACAGGCGUAUGACUCCCGCAGGUUCACCGUUCUCGCGUUUCCGUGCGCGCAGUUUGCGAAUCAAGAGCCGCUCAACAAUACAGAAAUCGCGCAGUGGUGCGAGGACCUUGGGCUGCUCUUUCCUGUCUUUGAUCGGGUCAAUGUGAAGGGUUCCUCAGCCGACCCGCUGUUCCAGAUGCUACGGGCACAGCAGGGAGCUCCCCUGUGGAACUAUACCAAGUACCUGUGUGACCGCAGUGGUGUGCCGCGCCGUAAGCUGGAGCCUAGCUGCUCCAUGGACGCACUGCGGCAGUCCAUCGAGUGUGUUUUGUAG